AUGGCGGGGCGUAUUAGAUCAGCUCUUCCUCUCAUCAACAGGAUUGCCAGAUCCGAUUCUUUUCUCGCUCCUCACAAGGCCGCCGUUCACCGCACCCUACAGUCCCCGGUCUUCGCUUCUUCAUCUGAGUCAUCCAGGUAUUAUGCCACCGCAGCUGCACCUCCUAAGGAACAGAAAAUUAAGCUGCCAGUAGCUUUGUAUGGGGGAGCUGGAAACUAUGCCUCUGCUUUGUACAUUGCAUCCAAGAAGGCUAAUGUGCUGGAUAAAGUCGAGGCUGAACUACUUGAUCUUGUUCAGGCUUUGGAGAAAAGUCCUACAUUUUCUCAGUUUACGAAGGACUUGUCAGUGCCUGCUGAUACGAGAGUCAAGGCCAUUACUGACAUAGCUGAACAAGCCAAAUUUUCACAAGUUACCAAGACCUUCCUGAUUGUUCUUGCUGAGAAUGGAAGGCUGCGAUCCAUUGAUACAAUAGCUAAGAAGUUUGCAGAGCUGACAAUGGCUGAUAAGGGAAUUGUCAAAGCUACUGUGACAACGGUUAUGCCCCUCCCCCCAUCGGAAGAGAAAGAGCUGAAGGAGACACUACAGCUGAUUAUUGGACAAGGGAAGCAGGUUACACUUGAGCAGAAGAUUGAUGCUAGCAUCCUUGGUGGUCUUGUGGUUGAGUUCUCACAGAAGGUGUUUGACAUGUCCAUUAAGACAAGGGCAAAGCAGAUGGAGAGAGCACUCAUGGAACCAGUUCAGUUCUAA